GGGACAGAGGCUGUGGGGAGGCCUGUGGCCCUAGGCCAGCUGAAGGACCAGGCCACCAAGCCCUUCCUGGCUCCUGAAUUCUUAAUCAGCAUAAAUAUUUACUUCCUUCCUCCCUCCCUUUCCAGGCUCCCAGCACAGAGGAGCUUCAGGGAGGUUGGACUGGGCUUGUGUCUAAAAAUAAACAGGUGGAGGGACAGGCAGACACACAGACAGACAGACAUCACUGGGGCGGUGGGGGGGGAGGGGUCAGGCAGAGGGCAGCUCCCUGCCCAGACAGAGGAAGAGUGAAGGGGACCCAGGUCCAUUUAUCACUGUCACCCACCCACCUGCCUGUCUAGGGGUGUCCUAAAGGGGACAAGGUGGCAGUGUGGUCCCAGCCCCUGGCAUCACUGAGAACUCCCGACCUAUGCAUGCCCUGCAGGUUCAUCCACACAGACCUGUCAGCUCCCACCUGAUGGAGGGACAAGGCAAGUCACAGAUUUCAGUCCCACGGCCAACCACCAAUACUCUGAUAAUGCAGCCCCUCUCCAGGCUCAGAGACUCCAGCGUUGUUUUGCCAUGUGCUGGGGCCUUGGGAUGUGUCCUCAGAAGCAGAGGGCUGUAAGUGAGGACUUUGUGACCUGUGUGCACACAGGGUCUUGUCUGGGAGAUGAAUGAGCGGAGGCUUGUAGCUGGGGCAAGGCUGGUUUAGCAUUGCCUCGGGGCUUGUCCUGGAGAAGAUGACUGGGAACAUGGUUCCCUGCUCCAUGAAAAGAGCUCCAGGCAGCUCAGCAAGCACACACACUAGUGAAAAAUAGAGUCUUUUUACCAAGUGGUGGUCUUGGGAUGUUCUGUGUAAAAUUGUGAAGAGCUGGAUUUGGUGAACGGCAGGGAUUAUCUUCUUUGGCAGAUAGAUUGUCAGGGUGCAAUCAUCUCAAUGAACAAACACAAGGAAACAGCGUUUCCCAGCGUGUGAAGUUAAAAAAGCGUGCUGCUGUUAAAAAAUGAUGUUUGAAUUUGGAAUGAAGAGUUGACCUUCCUCUUGGGUUUUUUUACAUGUGAAGAAUGUUACGCCGUUGAGAAAUUCUAAGGAAGCGGUGAAAAUGCACCACUCAAAAUAAGAGUAUCAUCAGUAUUUUAAAAAUUAUGUAUGUAUGUGUUUUACUAACCACUAGACAGCUGGUCACUUCCCCCUACCCUGGCCUUGGCUGGGCCAUGGUCCACAGCUGCCCCCUGGUGGUGGCCCAGCGCCUCUGGCUCCCAAGCCUGUGGGGCCCUCUGCCCUGGAACUCAAGGCCACCCGUCUGUCCGCCCAGCCCUUGGGACCAGGCCAUGCUUUGCAAGGCUUGCCUGGGACAGGCUCUGGGUCUCAAUCCCUUGGAAUUGCCUAGGGGGCUGCCUAGAGGGGUUGGCCCAGUGGUCAGUAGCUAGGCCCGUUGAGGGCUACCUGGGAGGACACUCAUUGCCCUUCUGGCCUGGUUCUGGGUCUUCCAGCUCAGAUCAGGCAUGUAUCCCAGGCAUGACCUCCCACCCAGUCAGAAAUGACCUUUGGGACUUGCCCGGCCAGUUCCAGGGAGAAGAUCUGGCCUUGAGUCUGAAGGCUGUGCGACUGCCUAGCUCUGCAGCUUGAAGCUGUCGCUAAAGCUUCGUUCAUGGCAGGCUUGGACCCUGUGAGCUUUGCUUCCCAGAAAGCCUCGUGGGAAGUGAACGCGUUAGAUCCAGGUUCCUGCCUGAAUACCAGCUCCGGAGCCCCUUGCUGCCUGCUGCCGCCCCCACCCCCUGGCCCCCACCACCAUGCACUCCUUGGACGAGCCGCUCGACCUGAAGCUGAGCAUCACCAAGCUCCGGGCGGCGAGAGAGAAGCGGGAGAGGACGCUGAGUGCAGCCCGGCACCGAGCCCUGCACAGGGAGCUCGGUCUGGCGGACGACAGCCCCACGCCCGGGUCCCCGGGCUCCCCGCCUUCAGGCUUCCUGCUGAACCCCAAGUUCCCCGAGAAGGUGGAGGGACGCUUUUCAGCCGCUCCCCUGGUGGACCUCAGCUUGUCGCCGCCGUCUGGGCUGGACUCCCCCAACGGCAGCAGCUCGCUGUCCCCCGAGCGCCAGGGCAAUGGGGACCUGCCCACCGCGCCCGCCGGCCCGGACCUCCAGCCGCUGCGCUACCUGGACGGUGUCCCUAGCUCCUUCCAGUUCUUCCUGCCGCUGGGCUCUGGGGGGGCCCUGCAUCUGCCUGCUUCCUCCUUCCUCACGCCCCCCAAGGACAAGUGCCUCUCGCCAGAGCUGCCCCUGCCCAAGCAGCUGGUGUGUCGCUGGGCCAAGUGUAACCAGCCCUUCGAGCUCCUCCAAGACCUGGUAGACCACGUCAACGACUACCAUGUGAAGCCCGAGAAGGACGCGGGCUACUGCUGCCACUGGGAGGGCUGCGCCCGCCACGGCCGCGGCUUCAAUGCCAGGUACAAGAUGCUUAUCCACAUUCGCACGCAUACCAACGAGAAGCCGCACCGUUGCCCCACCUGCAGCAAGAGCUUCUCCCGCCUGGAGAACCUGAAGAUCCACAACCGGUCACACACAGGCGAGAAGCCCUACGUGUGCCCCUACGAGGGCUGCAACAAGCGCUACUCCAACUCCAGCGACCGCUUCAAGCACACCCGCACCCACUACGUGGACAAGCCCUACUACUGCAAGAUGCCCGGCUGCCACAAGCGCUACACGGACCCCAGCUCGCUGCGCAAGCACAUCAAGGCCCACGGCCACUUUGUGUCCCACGAGCAGCACGAGCUCCUGCAGCUCCGCCCGCCCCCCAAGCCCCCGCUGCCCGCCCCCGACGGCAGCCCCUACGUCAGCGGGGCGCAGAUAAUCAUCCCCAACCCCGCUGCCCUCUUCGGCGGCCCCGGCUUGCCCGGCCUGCCCCUGCCCCUGGCCCCCGGCCCCCUCGACCUCAGUGCCCUGGCCUGUGGCAACGGCGGGGGCGCCGGGGGUGCGGGAGGCAUGGGCCCUGGGCUGCCCGGCCCCGUCCUGCCUCUCAACCUGGCCAAGAACCCGCUGCUGCCCUCACCCUUUGGGGCCGGCGGACUGGGCCUGCCCGUGGUCUCCCUCCUCGCUGGCUCCGCUGGCGGCAAGGCCGAGGGGGAGAAGGGGCGUGGGGCCGUGCAGGCCAGGGCCCUGGGCUCAGAGGGCCGCAAGACCCCCCUGGAGAGGACUGAGGGCAGCCGCUCCCGGCCCAGCCCCGACGGCCUGCCCCUGCUGCCGGGCACUGUGCUGGACCUGUCCACGGGCGUCAACUCAGCCGCCAGCAGCCCAGAGGCGCUCGCCCCCGGCUGGGUGGUCAUCCCGCCAGGCUCCGUGCUGCUCAAACCGGCCGUGGUGAACUGAACCCGCUCGGUGGACGCGGACCACCUGCAGCCCAGCCGGUGGCUCCCAGCCCUGCCUGCCUGCCCCCGACGACGAACGGAAACUCUUCUGCGAAAUAGCAAUAAUGUCCUCCUGCCUUGGGGGCACCCCUGGGCAGCAAGGAUGGUGCUAGUAGGGCAUUGUGGGCACCCAGGCUCCUGAGGUGGGGGAACCGGGUCUGCUGGCCGGCGGACAGCCGUGCUCCUGGGAGCUGAGGCCUGGCUCAUCUCCGGCCCACGCCUGCCCUCCCCCUACCCACUCUGGUUGUCUCCCUCAUCCCAUGGCCAGCUGGGCAGGUCACCCUCUCUCCCCUGCCCACUUGCCAGCCCUGACCCAGCCGUGGGGGUGGGGCUGGGGGUGGUGUUGGCCCUCCCCGCUGGCCCCAGGCUCCCUCUCACCGCCUUCAGUGGUGAGCUGGGAGGAGCCCCCUGGGAUCGAGGCCCCACCCUAUCCUGCUUACUCACUGGGCCCCUGCUCUGGAGGCUCCCGACCCCUCUUCCUCUGGUCCACCCUCCAGAGGGAGAGCAAGACAGACGCAGGCCGCGGCUAAGCCACAGCAAGAAGCCACCUCCCCCCAUGACAAGGCGCCUCCCAGCUGAGGGAGGGAGGCCCGCUCGACCAGCUGCCCCCCACUGCCUGCCGUCUGCGGUGGCUAGCACACUGCCUGAGGUGGGGGUCCCUGCUCUGAGCGGGCUGGCUGCUUGUCUGCCUCCACAUCCCUCUGCUUUCAGGGAGCCCUGAGUCGGGAGAGGUGCCCAGCUCAGGGAACAGGCGGGGCUGGGCCUGGCCUGGGACCCUGCCCCGGGGACAGUGGAGGCCUGCAGGGCAGUUAGAGCGGGGAGGCUGGCUAGGGACAACCCCGGGCCGAGACAUGGCUUCUGUUCUGGGGGCGCCAAGGCAGAGCCGGCACAGGGGAGGGGGCUCCAGGCCGGUGCCAGGCAUGGGAGAGUCCCAGUGGCCAUGGACAGACAGACGGAAGGACCCGGGCUCGACAAGGGAUGUGGGGCAGCGAGGCAGCCAACGGAGGCCGUGGAGGCAGAGGAAGCCAGAGGGGAGAGCUGGCCGUGUGGCCUGCUUCCUUUGGCUUCUCUGAACUGAGCCCCUGCCCUCCAUGUCCCCACUCUGGGAACCAGGGGAGCCCAGGGUGCGGGGGCUCCACAUGCCCCUGGAGCCCACACUGCUACCCCAGCCCAGCAGCCAGGCUCUCCCCACCAGGCCCUGACGGGGCAGCAGCUCGUCUCGUGUCCCGCCCUGGGCCCUCGUGCUCCCUCCCGUCGGGGGCCCAGUUUCAGUCUGGGAGGUCCUGGCCUUGGCCCUGCCCUGGGCCACACCCUCCAUGUCCCAGCUGCAGGACGGGGGAGCUGCGGGGCUGCAGGGGGACCACUGGCCCCCAUGCAGUCCUGGGGUCUCCCUGCCGCUUCUCUGCUCACCCGCCCUUUCCUGGACCGCCCUUCUAUCCCAGAGGGGUCACCCUGACCUGGCCCGCUGACGGGCCCGCAGUGCUGGCUCUGCCCCUUGAAGGGGCCACAAGCAGAGCAGGAGGGAGCUGGUCUCCUUCCCUCGCGCACCCCCCCGGACCCAGGCCCCCCACCCCCACAAGGGCCCCAGGCCUUAAGUCCCCUUUGGGGUGAGGGGUUGGACUCAAGCCCCAGGAGCAGAGGAGCAGGGCAUAGGAAGGCGACAUUAGCUCAGCAUGUGACUCGGUGAUAGACCAGGCCCGAGGGGGCCGGUGUGCGUGUCGUUGUUGUCCGUCUGUUGUUGCACAUUCCAGGAUAUCAGUAUUCUAACAGGUUCUAAGUGCCUUUCUAUCGUAGCUUAUGUUUUUCCUCCUCUUGGCUCCAUUGCUGUUAGCAUAGAGUUUAAAAAAAGAAAAGAGAGAUAAGCUAAUGACUAUAACAAUAUAUUCCUCCAUGUGAGAGGAAGUUUAUAAAGAAACGGAAUAAAAGUGAGUUACAAACA